GUAAGGUCUAAAUUUCAAUUAAAUCGAUAAAUAUAACGCUAUGAAGGUAUUGGUGUGUGGUGGGGCCGGGUAUAUCGGUACUCAAUUUGUGCGGUCCCUCCUCCGUAAGACACAACACACAGUGAUUAUUCUGGAUUCUCUAGAGGCGGAAAAUGGGGACUCUUCUCAUGUUGAUACCCAAGAGAAUUGGAAUAAAAAGCAGAUUCACUCCAAUACUUUACAAAAUGGGCAAGCUGCCCCAAAACGGUUCGCUCUCUUGGAAGUUGGUGAUGUCCGGAACGCAGAAUUCCUGAAUGAUGUCUUCCUAAGGCACGGGCCCAUUGAUGCGGUGGUGCACAUGUGCGCCUACAUUGCCGUGGGGGAAAGCACCCUAAACCCGUUAAUGUAUUACGACAACAAUAUCAUCGGGAUGAUUCGUCUCCUCCAGGCAAUGCGGCGUCAUGGCUGCGAUAAGUUAAUUCUUUCGAGUACGGCGGCUUUAUUUGGAAAUGUGUUGGAAAAGGAGGAUGAGGAUAACAAUGCCCCAGGCAUCCCAAAGGUCGUGCCGAUUAUGCCCGAUGCAAAAAUAAAACCUGAGAGUCCGUACGGCCGAACCAAGUACGUGGAUGAGAUGAUGCUCGAGGAUUGUGCCGCGGCGUACGGAAUAAAGUCGGUGUGUCUACGUUAUUUUAAUGCGUGUGGGGCGGAUGAAGAAGGUGACAUUGGUGAAGCACACGAUCCCGAGACGCAUUUGAUCCCGCUUAUUCUUCAGGUUCCCAUGGCGGACCAAAUUAAUGCGUACAACGCGAAGCACCACCCUGAGCGACCUCUGGUACGGCCGUACAUUUCUAUUUUCGGCACCGACUACGCCACUCGAGAUGGGACCUGUGUUCGCGAUUAUGUUCACGUCGCGGAUUUAUCCAUGGCACACAUCCAAGCCCUUGAUUAUCUUGCCAACUUGAAACCUGAGGACAAGGACAAGUUCUUCUUAACGUUAAAUCUCGGAACCGCCCAGGGAAACACCGUAUUGGAGGUAGUCGAAGCCGCUAGGCGCGUGACGGGUCAUCCGAUUCCAAUAAAGGAAGAAGCUCGGCGUCAAGGAGAUCCACCGACGCUCGUUGCCUCUGGUGAAGCUGCAAAAGAGAUUCUUGGGUGGAAGCUGGAGUACGACACCAUCGAUAAAAUUAUCGCAUCAGCAUGGAAGUUCCAUUCAAAGCAUCUGAAGGGAUAUGAAAGUAUUGAAUAG